AUGCAUGUGGAGAAGAAUGUGUCUGAUGCCUUAUUGGCUAUCAUCAUGCAAAGUUCUAAAUCAAAAGAUGGCUUGAAAUCGCGACGUGAUUUGGAGGAUAUGGGAAUUCGGGAAGACUUAUACGCACAAGUACGUGGGAAAAGAAACUAUUUACCACCUGCUGCUUACUGGCUGUCGAAGACUGAGAAAAAGACGUUUUGCACGAGAUUGUCUGAGUUUAGAGGACCAGAUGGGUACUGUGCGAAUAUUGCAAACUGUGUUUCAGUUGAUCACCAUGUAUUGCUACAAAACCUGUUACCUGUAGCUUUGAGGGGAUUGCUGCAAAUUGGGCCUCGGACUGUUGUGAAGAGAAUAUGCAACUUCUUUAGUCGAUUAUGUCAGCGUGUGAUUGACCCGGAGAAGCUUGUAGCAUUGGAGACAGAGGUUAUUGAAACAUUGUGCCAAUUGGAGAGGUUUUUUCCUCCUUCACUGUUUGAUAUAAUGUUCCACCUUCCUGCUCAUUUAGCAAGGGAGACACGUUUGGGUGGGCCGGUCCACUUCAGAUGGAUGUAUCCUUUCGAGAGAUACAUGAAGACACUCAAGUCAUAUGUUAAAAACUAUGCUAGACCAGAAGCAUGUAUGGCCGAUGGAUACAUGGCAGGUGAAUGCCUUGCUUUCUGUUUGGAGUUUCUGAAGACAUAUGUACAAGGCUGGGAAAAUACAAACCGUAAUGAAGACCUUGAACCAAAUGAGGAAAUCCUUGAAGGUAGACCAAUCCACAAGGCCAAAGCCGUUACACUUACAGAAAAAGAGCGUGAGAUAGCCCAUCGAUAUGUUCUGAUGAACACAGCAAUGUUCACGCCAUAUGUUGAGAUGCACUUGGAAGAAUUACAAGCAGCGGAUGUGCGGUGUAGAAGAAAUGAAGCUCUGUUGUGGAAAUUGGAUGGGAAAAGGUUUACACAAUGGAUUAAACAAAAGAUCCGAAGUCACUCAAACCAUCCUAAGAAGCUUCGGUGGUUAGCUUUUGGGCCAAGAUAUGAAGCUCAGAACUAUAGGGGAUACAUAGUUAAUGGAAAUCGCUUUCACACAGAGGAUGUAAAGAGAAAGACUCAGAACAGUGGAGUAUCUUAUGAAGCUUUCUCGAUGUGUCGUUCCAGUGCUCGAGAUACUAAUCACAUGGCAGACGUUGUCACGUACUACGGAGUCAUACAAGAAAUAAUUUUGCUGGAUUAUCAUAUGUUCCAGAUUCCACUCUUCAAGUGUAAGUGGGCCAACAAAGGGUAUGGUUUGAAGGAAGAGGAUGGCUUCACGCUUGUAAACCUGCAUAUCAAUCAGACAGCAUUUCGCCAAGAUCCGUAUAUAAUGCCCUCUCAAGCGAAACAAGAUUUUUAUUCUAGAGAAGACGACUCAUCCCCUUGGUAUGUAGUCAUGAAGGCGCCACCUAGAGGCUAUCAUGAGUUGGAGACAGAAGAAUCCAUUCUCGCACCACCAUCAGCCAGUCAGCAAUGUGAAGAGUUUGAGAAUCAAAUCUCAGAUGAUGAGAGUUCCUGUGUUAGGGUUGACUGUGAAGGGGUCUACGUAAUGAAUUAG